AUGAAAUCAAUCCGACGAAGGAGUAAGUUAGAAUCAUUGGACUUUCAAAUUUAUCCUGACUCAGCAUCAGUGCCGCUGUUCAGUGGAAGACAAGAGUCUUUUCCUAUUAUCUAUCUAUCUAUUCCUAUUAUCUAUCUAUCUCAGUCUGUUCAUAUCUAUCUAUCUCAGUCUGUUCAUAUCUAUCUAUCUAUCUCUGUCUGUUCAUAUCUAUCUAUCUAUCUAUCUAUCUGUUCAUAUUCAUAUCUAUCUAUCUAUCUAUCUAUCUAUCUCUGUCUGUUCAUAUCUAUCUAUCUAUCUAUCUAUCUAUCUAUCUCUGUCUGUUCAUAUCUAUCUAUCUAUCUAUCUAUCUAUCUCUGUCUGUUCAUAUCUAUCUAUCUAUCUCUGUCUGUUCAUAUCUAUCUAUCUAUCUAUCUGUUCAUAUGUCUGUUCAUAUCUAUCUAUCUAUCUCUGUCUGUUCAUAUCUAUCUAUCUAUCUAUCUAUCUAUCUAUCUGUUAUCUCUGUCUGUCUAUAUCUAUCUGUUCUAUCUAUCUAUCUAUCUAUGUUCUAUCUAUCUAUCUAUCUAUCUAUCUAUCUAUUUUGUUCCUUAG